AUGGACAAUAGCCUUCAGUCCAGCAGCCAACAAGCUCUCUGCAAAGAUGUUGAGCUGGGAAAGGAGAAAAAUGCUAGAUAUCGGAGUUACCAACGUGGUGCCCUAAUUCUUGGCUUGCUUUUCUUGAUGCUGGCCCUUUGUAUCUUUAGCCUGAGGUACAUUUGGAACUCAAGUCCUGUGAAGGUGUAUAACCACAAGUACAAGGCUGUUUUAGAUGGUGUGGAGACUGAGAGCAUGAUGGAGAUUGACCCUGCUGAACACAUGGAGAUAUUCAGAGCGGGCAAUGGAACUGAUGAGGUCCUGGAGGUCCAUGAUUUCCAGAACGGGAUCACUGGUAUCCGCUUUGCAAAACACCAGCGGUGCUACAUCCGGACCCAGACCAAGGAGCUGCCCAGGCUGGCUGAGGUGGAGCUGAAGGACGCAGAGCUGGAGGUGGGUGAGACUGGGGAGGUGGACAUGCAAGUGGUGGACUCUCAUGUGUGGAUACCUGCUGAGCAGCCCAUCACCAACAGAGCAUUCCUGAUCAACUCCAAGAUCUGGGAAAUCUGUCAGGAUCUGCCCAUCCACUGGAUCCAUCCAUCUCCUCUUACAGAUGCUGAGUUCCAUGAUGUGGAGGAUGUGGAGGAUACGCACCACACCCCAGAGGCACAGGCUAGGGGAGCACGUCAGGCAAGGGACGUCAUGGACCAAUUGCCAGUAAAUGACUAUACUGAAAAUGGACUACAGCUGGACAGCACCCUGGACGAUCAAGGCUACUGCUGCCAGUACUGUCGCCGCGGCUACCGCUUCUGCCGCCGCUACCAUGAGCCCCUGAUGGGCUACUGGCCGUACCCGUACUGGUAUCAGGGUGGCAGGGUCAUCUGUCAAAUCGUCAUGCCCUGCAACUGGUGGAUUGCACGCAUGCUGGGCAGAGUCUAAGAGAGUGAAGGGGCAAAGUACAGUUGUAUACAAAAGUCAGAUUUUUUUUGUUGAUCUACGUGAAAACAUGGUAAAACAUCCACUACAGGGAAAAAAUUGAAAUAAAGGCAUGUUCUGCAUUUUUUAGUGGACAAUUUCUAUUUAUUUGCCAAGUUUACCAUGAUGUAAAAAAUAAAAUCCCACACACACACACAGACAUCAUCAUCUAAGCUGCUUCUUCUGGGUCGCCUAUCCCAGCUGUCAUUAGGUGGAAAAUAAAACAUGAAAUAUAAAAUGUAUCUUAACUUUUGAACAGCCCACAGUUUAUGUUUUUUCGUCAAUAUUUUAAAUUUAGCAAAUAAACUGUAUUUCUACAUUAAAAGCAUGCAGAAGUGUGUUCUCUGUAGAGAAUGAGUUACCUUAUUGUCACUUAGAAAAUCAACAUGUAAAAAGGCACCCAAACUUUUGCACAUGACUGUACAUCAGUCUGUGCUGUGGGAGAUGCAUUGAGCCACAUCAUGUAGUAGUCAUUUGCAAUUCCAAAUCUUUACAGCACAGUACUGUUGAAAUUACAUCAUUGUCUUAUAAGGCUGUAUAAUGAUGUACUUGACUCACAACUCAAUAAGUGAUUUUUCAAAUGAUUCCCAUUCAUGAUACUGAAGUCUAUGUCCAUGAUGCUUUGAAAAUUUGAACGUAGAAAAAUGAUGACUGUAUCCAUGUGACUGCACUAGAUUUGUGAAGUGAAAGACCUGGAUCUGAGAGUAUAACAUAUGACAUAGUGCUCAUUUGGCUUAAGCUGAACUAUGGGUUGCUAUCUUUGCUUUAUAACCAGUGCAGUUGCACUAAGUGGCAUAGUUAAUAGAAAGAAUUCUCGUUCAUCCCCACAGCUGUCACUUUUUGCAUUACAAUGUAUUAUAUCAGGCUGUGUUCACCCUAUUGUCUUAUCUCAGUGAUCUUUUUUCAGUACACUACAUUCAUUUGUGCAAUAAACAUUCAAGGAAAUGCUGCUUUCCAUGAAUUUGGUGCUAAAGAGUAGAAGUAUAAAGCCUAAUGUCUCUUUACUGCUCUUCAAUUGAGAAAUCAGUUAUUGGUUUUGGUAGACUCCUCCAUAAAUUAACAGUCUGCAUGGCUUCCACCAUCUUUUGGGCCCUUGUUCAGUUUAUCUUCUAAUCUAUUAUGGAUGAGAGGCAUUGCAAUAAACCUGUAUAGGUAAUAUAGAUCUACAUUUAUUUAUAGGACUUUGCAUGUGUAUCAUUUUGGCUUGUGUUACUGGCAUAAUUACAGUACUGGCACUGUAAUUUGACUUUUAUAAAUGCGUAAAACUCAGUGGACAGGCCUAUAUAAAAUGCUAGACUUCUUAAUGGACCUUUAGUAGUCAACCUUUUAAAGCAGUUCUUUAAGGCUGUUCUGAAGUGCCUUGUACAUAGAUUGUAGUGUUAUAUUUCACUAACCUAUAUAGCUCUAUGAUUAGAAAUGUGGAACUGUUCUUAAUCAGAUUUUAGUGUGUCUAAGCAAAGGCUUGCUCCAUUAAUUACAUUUAUAUGGCUUUAAAGACCUCUUUGUUGUUUUAACAAUCCCCUUUUCAAUAAAAAAGGCAUAUAAGGUU